CUCGAAAUUUACAAAAUGUCAAGCAAGAGUUUCUUCAAUUUCAAAUAUGGCGUUUCAAGAAAAUCAUCUUCCCCUAAAACCCCACCACCGCCACCAACUCAAUCACUCCAGCCACCAAAAUUUAGUUCGGCGGCAGCUUUCCAUCCGAACGCCGACGAGAUGAGACGGGUGUUCAAUAAAUUUGACAAGAACAGGGACGGCAAGAUUUCCAAGGAGGAGUACGGUUCAGCCGUCGGUCUACUUGGUGGAAAGAAAGCUAAAUCGGAAGUGACCAAGGCGUUUCAGGUCAUAGACGUCGACGGAGACGGGUUCAUUGACUUUGACGAGUUUAUGGAGGCGCAGACGGCAGACGGCGGAGUUAAAACGGGAGAUAUCAAGAGUGCGUUUCAGGUGUUUGAUUUGGAUGGAAACGGGAAAAUCAGCGCAGAAGAAUUGAUGCAGGUACUGAGGCAGCUAGGGGAGAGGUGUAGCUUGGAGGCUUGCCGGAAAAUGGUUAAGGGGGUGGAUGCCGACGGCGAUGGGAUGAUUGACGUCGAUGAGUUCAUGGGUCUAAUGACCCGCACCAUGAAACUGCGGUGAAAUUACAAAUUUUACGGUUACCAAUCACAUGCAGGGAAUAUUAUUAGAAUAAAAUAUUUGAUGUGCUUUUAUAGGUGUUAAAAGGCUUGCUCAAUAGAUGUCAUUUCAUGUUU